GUUAACACAUUACAAAAACACAAUGUACAGUAAUAAAGUGGUCUUGGCCUGUUUAGGUUUAAUAUGCUUGAGCAGUUGUGUUUGGGCCGGUUCUUAUGGUGUUGCUCCUGCCCCCGCCUAUCAGGCAGUCUAUGCUCCGGCCGAUUAUGCUGCACCAGAUGCAGCUGAAGCUGCUGCCUCAGCCAUUACCGACAUUGCUGCCGCCAAGGCUUCAGCGGCUAAAAUCAAUAAUGUCAAUUGGGCUGCUUUGAACAAGUAUGGCUAUGAAAUCGGUAAACCACUUUUGGUGAGAAAUUAUGGUCCAUUGACUAGUUUGUACUCGGCUUUGGCUCCGAAACGUAGUUUUGUGGGAACUGUUGAUGCAGGUUUUUAUAAAGAUUCUUAUGGUAACAUUAAAUUCAGCGAUGAAUUUGCUGUCGGUGCUAUUGCCAUUUAA